UUCACUACAUUCGACCUCAUAGCUCAUCCUCCGUUGCUAGAGUUGUAUACCACUGCCAACUAUCUACAAGACAGACAAUAAGAAGACAUGGGCCUAUAAAGAGUCGUGUGUAUUAUGUUCACAAGGCGAAGCUAUGUAUUGUUAGCGUGCUUAAUUUGUACAUGAACUAACCACAAGUAUGGUGACUAUACCAUGAGAUGGGAUUUGAUGUGCACUGCAUACUCAAUUUAUAUAUAUGGACUUGCAUUAAAAGGACUUGUUUCAUGGGAUUUGAAACACUUGCAAUCAGGCAGCAACACGGAAGUGAUCACUCUUUGUUUCCAUACUGUAAACGCAGUAUUUAAUUUAAAAACAUGGCUUCCAAAAGAACUGCUCUUCAUAGUUUGAUGAAUGAAUACAAGGACGAAAUUGACCUUGCUAGGAAGAAAUUUCGAAAAGAACAGCCAGAAACAUCCCACGAGUCCGUAAAAACUGAUUUCACGCAUAUAAUUUUCUAUGAAAGUUUCGAAAGUUAUCCAAUCACCUUAGAAGGAGGGUUCAAAAUUUUUCCAAAACGGUGGGCACUAGCCUUUCUCCAACCCGACAUCAAGUCCACGGCUGAAAUAUUGUGCGAGUCGAUAUUCACGAUGGACGAUCUAAGAAAGAGAAAUUCUUCGGGGGAUGAUGGGGUCAAGAAAUUGCCGAAUAUAAAGAAAAUUGCAAUUCAACGAGCAGCAAAAUGGCUAAUGAACAAAAAUCAGGAUCCUUGGAGUUUCAAACCUUCGACUUGGCCAAAUAAUGAGGAAAAGGAAGCAAUUGCAGAGACAUUCGCCACUUUUAAUCGGAUUGACUCAAUACAAGUGCAUGAAAUUGUGGGUAACGCGUCUGACAAUGAUGACGACGAUGACGCUUUCGUCGCCAAUGCUAUUGGUGCGCAGUCGUCAUUAACGCCCCCUUUGACCCCAGUGAACGCUGGUUAUGAGGAUAUAUUAGAGGACCUGGUUCUCGACUUUAGCUAUUGUAGCUCAUUUGCGAAGGUGAUCAAACUUGGGAAGUCAGGAAAGAGGACUUAUCUAGGGAAUCCAGCCCAAACUGCAAAAAAACUUACAAAAAUGGUCAUUUUACAAAACAAUGAUAUUUUUGUGGAUGCUGUGCAAUUUUCAUAUCACCGAUGGGCUUGUGCAGUUUUGGGUGACACAAUUGAAGAAAUUGUGGAACCUUUAUUUCGAAAAUAUUGGAAAAUUGAUUUUCUUGUUCCGGAAGUACCGUUCAGAAGUAUGGAUGAUUUGAGUCCACCGAAAGUCUUGGCUUUAAUACGAGCUGUAGCAUGGAUAAAGCUACUUAAGGCAGAAGGACGGUGGGAGGAUAGCACGGGGUUUGACUCUGCAAUUCCCGACCACAACGUUUAUCUCUCGACUCCUGAAAUUAAUCAGAUUUACAACUACAUUUCUAUUAAGUAUGGAAGUGGACCUUGCCGUCCAUUAGUUGAAGAGUUUGAGAAACCAGUAUCACCAAAAUCACAGCCAGCAGAUCCCACAUUACAAAGUGAACCCCAACAAAUGAGAUUCACAUGCAUCGUGCCUCCAACGCCGAUCAUGACCUCCGCGGAUCGCAAUGUUUCAUCGCCCUCGCCGUCGCCUUCUAUGAUGCAUCUUACACAGCCAACUAUUCCAGUGAAUGCUCAGGGAAAUGUGAAAAUUCGUGGCCAUACUAUUAAGUCAUCAGCUUGGACUGAGGCAAUAAAGAGGUUCAGGAUGGACGAAAAGUCGGGUGCUGAGAAGGCUGGAAAGUUUUUGUUUGAGGAGAUAUUCAGAAGUGAAGAAAUUCAAGACCAGAACAUUAGUGGCAGGGGUUCAAGAGAGCAAUUUAACCAAAAUAAAAUGGAAGCAUUAUUCGAGGCCUUGGAAUACAUGAGAAGUAUUGUAAUGAGACAAGGCAAUAUUGUUCCAUGGACAAAAUCAGAGAAAAAAGAGCUCACAACCAAAAUCUUCACUGAACAUGCAAAUUACCUCAGAAGAAAAUUAAAAGUGCAGGCUGAAAUAAGUCGGCAGGCAAAUGCAUUCACAUAAUGCAGAUCAAACUGUUCAUAUUUUUGGAUAAUAUUAAGCUUGAAAGUUAAUAUAUUGUUAGAAAACUGGGUGUGUAGUUUUAAUUAAAAUUUGGUCCAUGUUUUGGACAGUAUUAAUCGAUCUUGUGGAAACAAUUGCUCACAAGAUGACAAACUCAUUUAUCUCAAUUGCAACUGGUUUAAUAAAUCUGAAGUCGACUCUUCACGAAA